UGCUGAAAGAAACUGCAGCCAGGAGAGAGCAAACUUACAUCCCCCAGGCUUUGGACUGUGUUACCCGAGAAAGCAAAAAACCGAGGGGGCACUGAUAGAAAGGACGCCAGGAGGACGAGGAGAGGAAGAGAAGGAGGCUUCAGCACAUCUUUUGCAGGAUGUUGUGGAAGCUGUCCCUGUCCGUGUUCCUGGUGGCCCUGUUGGUGAAGGUAACUGAAACCCGCAAAAACCGACCUGCGGGCGCCAUCCCCUCGCCUUAUAAGGACGGUGGCAGCAGCAACAACAACUCAGAGAGAUGGCAGCACCAGAUCAAGGAAGUACUGGCAUCCAGCCAGGAGGCCCUGGUGGUCACCGAGCGCAAGUACCUCAAGAGUGACUGGUGCAAGACGCAGUCGCUGAGGCAGACGGUGAGCGAGGAGGGCUGCCGCAGCCGCACCAUCAUCAACCGCUUCUGCUACGGCCAGUGCAACUCCUUCUACAUCCCGCGCCACGUGAAGAAGGAGGAGGAGUCCUUCCAAUCCUGCGCCUUCUGCAAGCCCCACCGCCUCACCUCCGCCAUCGUGGAGCUCGACUGCCCCGGCCAGGAUCCGCCCUUCCGACUCAAAAAGAUCCAGAAAGUGAAGCAGUGCAGGUGUAUGUCCGUGAACCUGAGCGACUCGGACAAGCAGUGAACACCCAGCACCCGGGCGG